AUGUCACACGUCGCUAUUUUCAUUACUGAUUACGCUGAACCAUAUAUUGAAAAAUUUGGUAGUUUUUACGAUCAAAGUCGUGCUGUUUUACACUCUGCUGGUUUUGAAGAUGAUAUUAAAGGUUAUGAUAUAAUCAAAUCUCAAUUCCCAACUGAUGAAGAAUUCCAAAAUAUAAAAGCCAUUUGGAUUACAGGUUCAAGAUCUGAUGCUUUUGCAAAUGAUGAAUGGAUUUUAAAAUUACGUGAUUAUUUACAAAAUGUUGUUUUACCAAGUUCUGUUCCAGUUAUUGGUAUUUGUUUUGGUCAUCAAAUUAUUGGUAGAGCAUUAGGUGCUGAAGUUGGUAGAAAUGAAAAAGGUUGGGAACUUGGUGUUACUAAUAUUUCUAUUAAUCAAGAUCCUGAAGUUCAAGAAUUAUUUGGUGAUGUUAGAUCAAAAGAUUUUGAAAUUUUAGAACUUCAUCAAGAUAUUGUUAAAAAUGUCCCAGAAGGUUAUAAAAAUAUUGGUAGUAGUAAAGAUACUGAAACUCAAGGUCUUUACAAAAAAGGGAAAGUAUUAAGUUUCCAAGGUCAUCCUGAAUUUAUUCAAGAUUGUGCUGCUGAUACUUUAGAUAAGAUCCAUAAUAGAGGUCAAGUUAGUGAUGAAUAUUAUGAAAAUGCUAAGAAAAGAUUAGAGGAAGUUAGGCAUGAUGGUGUCGAUUUAACUAAAGUCAUUAUUAAAUUUAUCAAUGAAUCCUCAACUUGA